AUGUGCCAGUUCUUCCUCAAGUUCUUCCUCAAAUGCAACCAGAACUGCCUGAAGAAUGCGGGGAAUCCCCGAGACAUGCGCCGCUUCCAGGUGGUGGUGUCCACGACGGUGAGCGUGGACGGACAUGUGCUGGCCGUGUCCGACAACAUGUUUGUGCACAACAACUCCAAGCAUGGCCGCAGGGCUCGCCGCCUAGACCCCUCCGAAGCUGCUACCCCCUGCAUCAAGGCCAUCAGCCCCGGGGAGGGCUGGACCACAGGCGGCGCCACCGUCAUUGUCAUCGGCGACAACUUCUUCGACGGGUUGCAGGUCGUGUUCGGAAACGUGCUCGUGUGGAGCGAGCUCAUCACGCCCCACGCCAUCCGGGUGCAGACGCCCCCGCGGCACAUCCCGGGGGUGGUGGAGGUGACCCUCUCCUACAAGUCCAAGCAAUUUUGCAAGGGAGCCCCUGGCCGCUUUGUCUACACAGCCCUGAAUGAGCCCACCAUUGACUACGGAUUCCAGAGGCUACAGAAAGUCAUUCCCAGACACCCCGGGGACCCCGAGAGGCUGCCCAAGGAAGUGCUGCUGAAGCGGGCGGCCGACUUGGCGGAGGCCCUGUACGGAGUGCCCAGCAGUAACCAGGAGGUCCUCCUGAAGCGCGCGGCGGACGUGGCCGAGGCUCUGUACAGCGCCCCCCGCGCGCCCCCCUCCCGCCCUCCUGACACCGGCUUUAACUUGGAGGACAUCUGGCUGAAGCCUGGUGGGCCGCCACCUUUCCGUCCUACACCGGGACUUCGGGAGGAGGCUGGCGCCCCCUGCCGGAAACCUAAGGAAACUCGGGGCUCCAGAGAAGCGGGCUUCUUCCACGCCCCCCGGGAGUCGGAGGCGCCGGAGGGCGUCAUGCCCUCUAGCCCCCCGCUGGCGGCUGCCUCCUCCAUGUCCCUGCCGGCCGCCGCCCCCACCACCAGCGUCUUCUCCUUCUCGCCUGUCAACAUGAUCUCUGCCGUCAAACAGAGGAGCGCCUUUGCUCCCGUGCUGCGCCCACCCAGCUCCCCGCCCCAGGCCUGCCCCAGAGCCCAUGGAGACGGGCUUCCAGACCAGCCUUUUGAGGAUUCUGACAAAUUCCACUCUCCAGCCCGGGGGCUUCAGGGCCUGGCAUACUCCUAACUACGGUCUGCAGGUGUUGCCCCCGCUGAGCCUGGCCUGGAGGUCCCUCCAGGACUCACACCCAUGCCCUGGAUGACGGCACAGACAGAUGCAGGGCUAGGGCUGCAGACCUCAACCCAUGGGCCGAACAGGGAGAGACCUCCCUCCCCAUGCUCAAGGCCCCCCAGCCCCACAGGCUCUUCUCACCUCCAAUUUUCUGGGCUGGCCGAAAGCCCCAGCACUGUGCUGAUGCUCUUGGCAGGAGAGCAUCCUGGGGAGGUGCUGGGAUGCCAGGCCUCACUUGCUGGGUCGGCUCCUCUGGAAGAGAUGGAUCAUGUGCAGACUGGGGAUGUCGGGUGAGGGGAGCAUGGGAUGGGGACCAUGGGAGAAAGGACAGCUCAGGGAGAAUUGACCUGGAAAGGUCCUGUUUGCAUCUGACCCAUCUCAACUGGCCCAGCAUCCCAACUUUUCUCCAGUGCGAGGGGUGGUGCCCAGCAGCCUCAGGAGGCCUGCCCAGGCUCCCAUGGAGCUUCCAGCAGUUGCUUGACCCCGCGGCUGCCCCCACGUCCUUUGAGGACCCCAUGCUUGCCACAUCAUGCCUCCCUGUGGGGGCUUUGGGCAUGGAGGAAGCAGAAGAGGGGUUGCUAGGCCUCCUGAAUUUGGGGUCUUCCCCUCAGUGGAUGUCUCAUGGACUCUGGCCCUACCCACACAUGGACUCUGGCUGGCCCCAUGGAAUGGCCCAACUGACCCCAAGUGGCCUCAAACUCUGUUCUGCUACGUUUGGAGAAAACAGGACAAUAAACCAGAUGCAGGUGUCCAACUGG